AUGCGAUGCGCGAGCAAGGCCGCCGAGAGCGCGUCCGCACGUCUUUGUGAGGACGCUGAAGCAGAAACCACAGCAACUGAUGUCUCAUCGGUUGCUGAAGCGACUCAGCCUGUGUCACCUGGUGAUGCAGGCGCUCGUCAUGAAGACACUCGUGUCUUCACAGAGUAUGAGCUCGUGUCUCAUACUCUCCCGAUGCGGAAGAUGGAUCUGUAUCGACGGCGAUCGAUACCAAGCCGCCUGCCAAGCGUGGCAUGGAUGACGCUAUGCGUCGUAGCUUCUUUGGUUCAUCUGAUGAAUUAG